AAUCCCGCCUCCCUUCUGUAGCCUGCAGUAUUUGGAAAUGCUGUCUCUUCCUUCACUGAUUGUAUGGCUAACAUCGAAAGACCUUUUUCAUCUCUAUUCUACCAGCUGUUUGCCCUAUUGUAUUUUUACUGGGAUGCAAAGAGGUUGCAGAGCAUUUUUGGUAGAACAUUCCAGCUGUCUUUCAAUGCUGGGAACAAACAUCACAGUGAAUGAACAUCUAACCUCUGUCAGCCUUGUUUAAAGAUUUGCCGACUUCCAGUGACAUGACAUGUAAGUUUUUACUCUGCCUGAAAUCUGUGGAUGGCCACUGUCUUGCAUAUCAUCUUCCUAGGAGCACAGGGACCAGCGGCAGCAGAUUUGACUACUUAACCAAGCUAACCAUAUUUGCUCCAUUAACCGGAAAGAACACCGGACACAGAAGCAAGAGAGAGAGAAGCCUCAAAUGAACCAGAACCUCAUUCGCAUAUGCAACAUAUCAUCGAUAACCAUCCAGACAUGGCUACUGCUCUGCUGGCUGGAGAGAAACUCAUGGAACUGAUACUGCCUGGACAGCAAGAUGACAGAGCUGGCUCUUUGGCAGCACUUAUGGUGCAGCUUAAGCUUGAGCUUCCCUUUGACAGAGUGGUGACCAUUGGCACUGUCCUUAUACCUAUACUCCUCGUUACCUUAGUCUUCACAAAGAACUUUGCUGAGGAGCCUAUAUACUGCUACACACCACAAAACUUCACCCGUGAUCAAGCCUUGUAUUCAAGAGGGUUUUGCUGGACAGAGCUUAAAGAUGCCCUACCAGGAGUGGACAUUAAUCAAUGGCCUUCAUUAUUUGAGCACAAGUUUCUGCCCUAUGCUCUUCUAGCUUUUGCUGGAAUAAUGUACAUACCUGCACUGGGUUGGGAGUUUCUUGCCUCAACAAGGUUGACUUCAGAACUAAACUUUCUUCUUCAAGAGAUUGACAACUGUUAUCACCGGGCAGCAGAGGGACGUGCACCCAAAAUUGAGAAGCAAAUUCAGUCAAAAGGUCCGAGUAUUACUGAACGAGAGAAACGAGAGAUUAUAGAAAAUGCAGAAAAGGAAAAAAGCCCUGAACAAAACCUUUUUGAAAAGUACUUGGAAAGAAGAGGUCGGAGUAACGUCUUAGCCAAAUUAUAUUUAGCAAGGCAUUUGUUCAUUAUUUUUUUAAGUAUUAUACCAAUAACAUAUCUAAGCACUUAUUAUGAAACCCAAAAGCAAAAUGAAUUUAUAUGUGCACUGGGAGAGCCCCAUCAUAAAACCAUAAACUCAAAGUUGCACAUAAGAAUGAAUUGUAAACUGCCAGCUGUUCAGCUCCAACGAAUUAUUGCUUCAGUGGAUAUUUUUCUUCUUAGCUUCAUAAAUCUUAUUAUCCUUGUCAAUUUGAUUCAUCUUUUUAUUGUCCGAAAGUCCAACUUCAUAUUUGACAAACUUAACAAAGUUGGCAUUAAGACUAAGAAACAGUGGCAAAAGUCACAGUUCUGUGAUAUUAAUAUUCUUGCUUUGUUUUGCAAUGAAAAUCGGGACCAUAUCAAAUCCUUGAAUCGACUUGACUUCAUCACAAAUGAGAGUGAUCUGAUGUUUGACAAUGUGGUUCGUCAACUGCUGGCGGCUCUGGCACAGUCAAACUACGAUGCCACACCCACCAUGCGUGAUUCAGGCAUUCAGACUGUUGACCCUAACACAGAUCCAGCAGACAUUGAUGUGAAUGAACAGCUUGUUAUAAAACGACCAAAGAAGAAAAUGAAGUGGAUUCCAAGUAGUAACCCUCUUCCUCAACCCUUUAAGGAACAGUUAGCAAUUAUGAAAAUUGAAAACAGCAAGCCCGAAAAGCUUAAACCUGUGAGGAGGAAAACUGCUACAGAGAGCUUAAUAGCCCCUUUUUUAGAAGCUUCUUCCAAAUGCUCCUCUCAAACAAUGUCUCCUAAAGCUGAUAUGAGCAUCAUGGGAGAUAAGAAGCAUUCUCGGCACUUCUCCUUAGAUGUUCAUCCAUAUGUCCUUAGCAAUAAAAUACCCAUAUCAGAAACACAGGAAAGUGCUCCAAUUGCUAUGUCUGAAAGCCAAGAGAGUGGCUUCCUGAACCAUGAAGAAAGAAUAACGGAUUCUGUAACAUCUGCAAAAGAUAUGCUAAAGCCAACUGCAGACACAGGAAAGGAGAAUCGGCCAUUAACUGAGAGCUGUAGAGAUGUAUCUGUUUCUGGGCUGUUUCUUACUUGUGGCCACAGGAAAUCUGCAGCAGUGACUACAUCGAGUGUAACAAUCAGCCAGGUACAGACAUGGCACGGAAAAUGUUUGCAUGGUGGUCAAGUAAAGCAUUGCUGCGCAGCAAUGUGUCCAUGAUUUGUGAGCAAGGAGUCUGUUUUCCUCCUCAAGUUUAAGUUUUACAUGAACCUGUUUGAAAGCAUAUGCUCACUAAAUAUAACAACAAGAGUAGAGUUUGUUUUUAUAUUGUAUUUUCUAAUACCAAAUAGUCAUGUAUCAUUUUAAUAGAGAUAUUUUUCAUUCAUGGAUGGUGCUGCUUGGUGCAGUUUCCCAAUAGCUAGAAGAAGUGAAUUCUGAUCUACUUUCAUUUUUCUUAUACACAAUGGGAAAUUCCCCCAACUAACCAGAAACCAGUCAUAAAAGCAAUAAUGCAAACGCAUCUGCAUUCAAACACAAAACGUGUUUUAACUCUCUGGGAUUUGGUAUUCCAGUGGCCCACUACUUAAGGGAUAAAAGUAUUGGACCUUAUUUACUGAUGUAGGAAAAAAAAUGCAUUGUGCACAAGUUAUGCAUUGUUGUAAAUACCAUUCACAGAGCAUUUGAAACUGCCAUGAUCUGUGUGUAAUUGUUCCAAUUACACUUAUUAAUGUAAGUGAAGUGCUAGGUGCAGCUUGCUGAGGCUCAAGAUAACUUGCACACCUAGGAGUAAAUUUCUUGUAAGUGAGGGGCAUGUAUGCAUACUGCCAUGGCCUGAGAAUGUGAUGACUAGAAUGUUCCAAGUGCAUCUUGUGCACAAUUCACAAACAGUCACAACUACCACUAUUGAGGUAAAAAAUUGGCAAAAUGCACCCAUUUCUACACUGUGCCCACAAAUAAAGUAAAUAAGGCACACUAUAAUUGCUAAGUGUUUUUUUUGUGGAAGGGCAUACAUACGGGUAUUGUCAAGUUGUGUAGAGGGUUGCUUUAGUAAUAGAAAUUUACAAUCUAGAAUAAAUGAAUGUAUGUGUUGUAUACAGCAAGAACGCAGCAGCUGUUAAUAUUCCCAUUUAAUAGUAUCUUGGGAUAUGUCCAUGUAACCUUAAAAGGCACCAUUUAUCAUUGUCACUGCUGAAUGAAAUAAAUAGCAUUGAAAAUCAAUAAACAGAAUUCUAAUAUGA